AUGGACCCAGCAAAAAGUUUACGUGCUCCGCAAUUUCCACUGCAUGACACUCCUCGUGUGUGGUUUCUGACAAAUGCGAACUGCCCGAUUGGCGUGUCUUUGAGUAGAGCCUUACUAGCUCAUGGAGAUUUCGUGGUAGCUGGGGUUUGGCCUCGUCAUUCCGAAGAAGGCUACGACGACUCCGAUGAUGCUCGAAGCAACGAUGGUAGCCAGGAGUCUGCAUCAUGCUUGGAUGCUUGUGCUACCUGGAAAGAUCAUCUUUGUGUGGUUCCUUUGGACGUACGAAUCAAAGCGCAAUGCCAGUCUGCAGUUGCUGAGGCGGUUCGCUGCUUUCGCCAAAUCGACAUACUAUUUUGCAACAGUUCCGAAGUCGUCCUGGGCACAGUGGAGGAAUUGUCUCAAGACACCAGAACGAUGAGCCUAGCCCGUGAUCAAUUCGAGACCAAUUUCUUUGGGAACAUCAACAUGAUCAAAGCCUCACUACCAAUCAUGCGCGAGACACAGUGUAGCCAUAUAAUCCUGCUGACUGCCAUCACCGGACAUAUCGGGACGCCUGGCCUCAGCAUGUACUGUGCUAGCCAAUGGGCCAUUGAGGGGUGGUGCGAUUCUCUUGCCUACGAGAUCGCCCCGUUUAAUAUCAAGAUGACCAUAGUGCAGCCUAAUCUGGAGGUCAAUGUCCUGACUAAUCGAGUCACAUCUGCGCCGCCGAUGGAAUGUUAUACCGAGGAAGUCAAUCCUGCGCCUCUCUCAAGAAACAUUCUUUCUCUGCUACUCGAUAGAAUUGAAGGAUCUGAGGAGCCAACAGCGGGUGAUCAGCUGCACUCUGCAGAGGUGAAGAGUGUGUAUCCAGAUCUCGGACAGGCAAUGAAAGAAGCCUUAGUUGCCGAGACAGUCUAUGCUGUAACAGCCAUAGGGGGACAUGAUAAUCCCCCGGCUCGGCACAUAGUUGGCCACGAAGCGAUUGCAUCGGUGAAAGCAAAGUUGAAAACCGUCAACGAGGAGCUCGAAGAGUUUGUCGAAUGUAGUUGUGCCGUUGAUCUGAGGCAUGCUGGGAUCCUCGACUGA